AUGGACACAACAGCAACCUCAGAACCUGUGGGGGUGGGGCCCACGACCACAACGACCACAACAACAUCAGGCCGAGAAAGAGUUGCCGAGGACGGCAGCCUCACAGUCUUUUCAAAGCGGUGCCAGCGCCGCCUCAAGAAGCGGCACCGCAGCAAACCGUCGGGCGUGUACCGCAACUUUCUCGGCCUGCCUUUCGACAUACUGAUCCAUAUCCUUGGUUUCGUCCGUCCAAGCGAUGUCUUCCGGCUCUCCCGCACAUGCCAUGCCCUCCAUGCAUUCAUCCUCCAAGACCACUCUGCCCUGACCGCCCGCACCAUAAUCCAGCGGCGGUACUCUUGCCUGGAAAAGUGCAUGCGUCUCCCGGUCCUGCUCACUGACGUCGAGGAUCAAGACCUUCGCGACCUGCUGCAGCACACAGAGAGGCAGAAGAAGCUCGACAUUCACAGGCGUCCCUACUAUCAGCAUGUUGCGCCCCCUGACCCAGGUGUCAUCUGUACGUGCAUGACGUGCAUCCUGCGGUGGAACCUCCUAUGUCUUGCUGUCGACUUUUCACACUGGCAGAGCCAUCUAGACAAGGGGGAGCCGCUGCCCAUCAUCCAGCGCGGCAGUCAGCCGAAGUGGAACAGCGAGCUGCUUAGCUCGCACGAAGCCGUCGUGUUGAAGGCUGUCAACCCUGCCGUUGGCGGCACUGCCUCACCCUUGUGGUAUGCCGCCAUCCUCGAAGCCCAUCUGGCCUCCACCGUGAGAGCCUUAUCGAGGCAUAGCGCCAACAAGGGUAACAAACGGCCACGAUUUCGCAUGACACUCGAGGACAUGGCGAGUGGGACUGACAUGUUCCUGGAGCGGAGCGGGCCCCCUUCGGCAGACUUCCCUUUUAAUAGGGACAACUACUACAUGCUCGAGGCUUAUCUGCCAAACAGGUGCUGGCUGAAGGAAAAGGGCAGGUGGGGCUACAUGCCCGCUGAACAACACAACACAGAUCUAGACCUGAUCAGGAGGUGGGCUUCAUGGUGGACAAGGCCGGUUCGUGCACCAGAUCGGAUCGUGGUUGCCAGGGGCUUGGGUUCCACGCCUGUUGAGAGCGGAAAUCCGUCACAGGAUUCCGUGGCAGUGCUUGGGAGUUGA